GCACACUGGUCAACCAGAUUCUUCUGGGUUUAGCAACUGUCAAGGAAUGAGCUCACGUGACCUGGAAGGCUGGGAGCCAAUCUGGUCAGAGGGCUGUGAGGUAUCAGUUCUGCUCGCUGCGCGGACUUUACCAAGAUGGCCUCGAGGCCUCUGCGCCUCUGUCCUUGGGGGCAGCCAUCUUGGUAAAGGCCAGGCAGGGGGUGGCUCCCGGUAUGACCCGGCUGCAGCCUGGGACCGCAUGGUCAGAGACGACCGCCACCAAAGAUGGGGAGGCGGCGCGUGCUGAGGCGCUGCGUGCAGCUGUUGGUGUCCUCAGCGGAGCUGGGGUGGCGGGGCCGAGGGAGGAGGAACGCGGGCGGAGGGCGUAGGGCGGCUGGGCCCGCGGAGCCGAGGCCCUCAGGCGAGGAGACGCGACGCAGCGCGCGCCUGCCCGCCCUCCGCGCAAGCUUCUCACCGAGGGACAUGGAUGAGUAUGAGGACAGCCAGUCUCCAGCGCCAAGCUAUCAGUAUCCAAAAGAAACACUGAGAAAGCGCCAGAAUUCAGUGCAGAAUUCAGGAGGAAGUGUGUCUUCUAGGUUCUCCAGGAAAAGCUUCAAGCUGGAUUACAGACUAGAGGAGGACGUAACUAAAUCAAAGAAAGGAAAAGACGGGAGAUUUGUUAACCCAUGGCCAACAUGGAAAAACAUCUCCAUCCCGAAUGUGCUCAGAUGGCUGAUAAUGGAGAAGAAUCACAGCGGCGUUCCAGGUUCCAAAGAGGAACUUGACAAAGAGCUCCCAGUGCUUAAGCCAUAUUUUAUCAGUGACCCUGAAGACGCUGGAGUGAGAGAGGCUGGCUUACGAGUCACGUGGCUGGGACAUGCGACGCUGAUGGUGGAAAUGGAUGAGCUCAUCUUCCUCACGGACCCCAUGUUCAGCUCCCGUGCCUCCCCCUCGCAGUACAUGGGUCCGAAGCGGUUUCGCCGUCCCCCGUGUUCAGUAAGCGAACUCCCCACGAUAGAUGCUGUCCUCAUCAGUCACAACCACUACGACCACCUAGACUACGGCUCGGUCCUGGCGUUGAACGAGCGGUUCGGCAGCGAGCUGAGGUGGUUUGUGCCGCUGGGCCUUCUUGACUGGAUGCAGAAGUGUGGCUGCGAGAACGUGAUUGAGCUGGACUGGUGGGAGGAGAAUUGCGUCCCUGGUCACGACAAGGUCACCUUCGUCUUCACGCCUUCCCAGCACUGGUGCAAAAGGACCCUCCUGGACGACAACAAGGUUCUCUGGGGCAGCUGGUCCGUGCUAGGGCCUUGGAGUCGAUUCUUCUUUGCUGGGGAUACUGGCUACUGCCCCGCUUUUGAAGAGAUUGGAAAAAGGUUCGGUCCUUUUGACCUGGCGGCUAUACCCAUCGGAGCUUAUGAACCAAGGUGGUUUAUGAAAUACCAGCAUGCAGACCCAGAAGAUGCUGUAAGGAUUCACAUUGACCUUCAAACAAAGAGAUCUGUGGCAAUCCACUGGGGGACUUUCGCCUUAGCUAAUGAGCAUUACCUAGAGCCACCAGUGAAACUGAAUGAAGCUCUCGAGAGAUACGGACUUUCCUGUGAGGAUUUCUUCACACUGAAGCAUGGAGAGUCGAGAUACUUGAAUACUGACGAGAGAGCUUUUGAAGAAACAUGAAACUAGGAAUUUUCAGUGACGACAAAAGACUAAGAAAUUCACAAAUAUUAUGACACUUUUCACAUGGAAACAAUUUCUGCAAGUGUGUGUUUUGUUUUAUAUUAUUACUUGCCAAUUGAUAAGACUAGCUUACAUAGAUUGUGGGAGUCUAGGGAUGGGUUAUUUAAGAAACUGUCCAAUAUAGACUUUAAAAAAAUCAUACCAAUGAUACAAGCAUUGCAAAAUAUUGUUUUUUAUCAAAACAUUAUAUUUUAGUGGCAGUAAAAUUUCUGAGGUUGUGAAAAACUGACAUUAAAGUUCCAUUUCUUUUUCUAUUGGGGGCUUUCUACAAAGAGUCAUGCUUACCUCUCUAGAUUUUACACACACACACACACACACACACACACACACACACACACACACACCACACACACACCUUUCUUAUAUUUAUGUAAUGAUAAACUUGACUUCCACAUGGUAAUAAACUGCUGGUCGUGGUGAUGCACACCUGCAGUCCAGCACUCCAAAGAAUAAGGCAGACAGGUGACAAGUUAUAAGUUCAAGGCCAGCUAGAGCUACAAGUGAGAGAAGAAAACAUUAGCUUACGUGCCAAAUGUUAAGUGAUUUUAUUUUGUUAACCAUAAGAACAUAGUUGUUUGGGCUAAAUUUAUUGUUUUUUAAAGUAGUUUUUUUUUUUAUUGUGGUCAAAUAUACAUCUCAUAAAAUUAUCAUUUUAACUAUGGUGAAAAGAAGCUCUUUGGCAUCAACUAUUUGCAUAAGUGUGCAGCCAUGAGCAUCAUGCAUGUACAUUUCUGAGAGGGCAUCAUCUACACAGCUGCAUUUCCCAGGUUCAAGGCUGAUGGGCAGAGAAGGGAAGAGUGGGUUUGGGACUUAGGGCAGACCUUGUCCAAGCCCAGCUAUAACUGAAGCCUCUCCCACAGGAGAGGCUGUAGAGCCUGAGUGGGAGGACUUCACGCACUGGGGCGGCUCUCACUUUCUACUUCCCCUGUACUCUCUCUCUUGCUCCCUGCCCCAAGAUGUCAGGUAGACAGAUGUACUAGUGUGUUGGAUGUGGUAUAUAUUUUUAUAUUAAAUGACCUAUAAGCACAAUUGUACCUUUUAGUAAGCCAUUGUGAAAUACCAGUAGUUAUUAUUUUUUAACACUGUGGGUAUCUGCUGACCAGGCUUGGUCCCAGUACGCCUCUGCAUUCACAGGUUUGUUUUGUACCUUAAGGAAGUGAGCUGCGGGGUCUUAGUGAAGGUACACUCUGCUUCUGCUUCCUAGACCAAUGGGACAGAACAGUGAGUUUUCUAUAUAUAGCAAAUAUUAUAUAGGGAGGGAGUACUCAAUAAUUUGAUGCAUUUGCAUGGGUGAUGCAUGUCACCUUGGCCUCUCAUUGGAAUUUCGCCCAUCCCAUCAUGGACUUGAUUACCCCAAAACAAGUAACUUUAUGUUCAGACCCAAUAUCACCAUGUACAAGAGGACAAUGUUAACCUACCUCCCGAGGCAGAGAAUAGUAUUUUUUAAAGCACUUUAGAAUAGUGAACAUGGCUCAGAGGCACUAAUGCACAAGAUUCCAUUUAAAGUCAGCUUGAGGAAAACUGGGCAAGCGUUGGCUCCCUACUGCAAGCGGACAUGAAUCUGGACCGUAGGGCCAUGGGUGCCAGCCUUGGGGCACACCGCUCCACCAGGUACCACUGCAGUCACUGUGUUACUGUAAGCCAUACUGAAACUUCUCUUAAGCAGCUGAUAAGCUUUAGUAUUUCUGCACAAACGGCCUUGGCAUAGCUUUUGUGCCCACAUGAACUGGUCCAAGCUUCCCAUGUGAUUUGUGGUCUGGUCCUGGGAUGAAUUGGGUCUGCCUCAUGUUUUUUUCUUUUCCUCUUUCUUUUAGGCUUCCUCAUAGUUUUUCUUUGUUUCUGUUUACAUGUAAGUUCCACUCGUGAAUACACCAAAUCUCUCUUACACAACCACCCUAUUGAAUGGUUUUCACUUUAUUUUUCUAAUCUACAUUUCAAAGGAUGUAUGUAUAAAGUGAAAAUAAAUUUUGAAAAAAAAUCUACUCUUGUUAGUCUAAUAUACAUUGUAAAAAUGUCUAUCUUCUAAAUAAAGUAAAUAUUAUAAAAGUACUUGAAAAGAUACCU